GUAGGGCUACGUGGUGAGGAGUGGGACCCUUGUCGUGCACCAACACCACGAUGGAUGACUACCCGAUGUAUGGGUUGCUGGUUGGGUUCUCCCUCUGGGGGACCCUCUGGCGUCUCCUCUUUCCUCUGGGAUUUUGGCAUACCUUGUGUGUAGAGUAGGGCCCACCCGAGGUGGUACCGCCACCCAACCAUACACGAGGGAGGAGGAGGAGAAGAUGGCCACCAUCCUGCAGGAGAGGAAGGAGAAGGAGGCCAAGAAGAAGGCCUUGAAAGAAGAACAGGCGGCCAAAUUGAAGAAGAUGGAGGAAGAAAUGGCCAGGGAGAAGGAGAGGCUGAUAAAGGAAGAAGAGGAGAAGCUGAAGGAGGUGGAUGAAGAGGAGGAGGGACCACCACUGCAAAGGAGUGGGCAGCACAGCGGCCGCAACAGUGAUGAGAUGGAGAAGAAGAUUUCGGAGUGGGUCGCCAACUUAUCCCUGGGAGAGGAGGAAGAGGUUGCUAUGUACAUCCCCAAGGAUGAGCAAGAAGCCGCCAUGAAGAAAUGGGAAGCAAAAGAAGAUGUUCUGACGCGGCGAGUGAUGGAGGAUGAACAAAGGAUGGCGUGGAAGCUCGCAGUGACGAGGGAGAAGAAGAGAAGAGUGGACGCGGCGAAUGCGGCAAUGCAGGAACUGGAGGAGGUGAGGGCUGCCGUAACAACACAAUUGAUUCCGCAAGUGGAUCUCCAACGUAAAGUGGAGAUCAUCGCCCAGAGCGUUGAGCGGUUAGCUAAAGUGCAAGAAAGGCACUUUGAGUUUAGUCGCAGCCAGGAGAUAUCUGUACGCUCGAUGCGAAUAGGCUUACGGGAUUUUGCUCGCGAACUAGUAGGCGCUGUGGGAUCCGAGGAGACUCCCACACCACAUGUGCMUAUGGCAGAGGUUGCAGGYCGGUGUCUAGACAGCUGUCCCGAAACUGCUUGUGUUAGAGUUUCGCUAGACACCUCCCUCACAGGCGUGGCCAAAGAGUUGAAAGAGAGGAUGCCCGCCUGGGCCAAGAUGAAGAAGGAGAAUAAAGGGCAGCUUAUAUUGCUAGAUACAUARAUUUUUAGAAGUAGAGUAGGGGCCCUAGUAGACUCAGGGGCCACCCGCAGCUAUAUUAGUAAGAAAGCGCUGCAAAAGUUGAAGCUGGGACUUAAAGUCCAGAAAUUGACAGACCCCAUAGUAAGUAUCCUCGCAGACAAUCGUACUAUGGUCGUAGAGGAGUAUGUAGAGGGAGUCCAGGCAUAUUUCCGCCUAGAGAAGGAUGGGAAAGUGGAGAAGGUCCUCCACUCCCUGACUCUCCUCGUAGAAGACAGCCUCCCAUUUGAUAUUGUCUUGGGAAUGGAUUGGGGAGAGGCAGCCGGGGCCACGCUCCAUUUGAAGGAGCACGAGUGUAGGCUCCCUAGUUCCUCAGGCGAGGCUAAGACUGCACGCCUGUUCCAUAAGUCAGGGGUAGAGAAUUCCUUGGCGCACUGCUGCCUUAGUGCCCCCGCGUUCGCCAGAUUAGUGAAGAAGGAGAAAUUGAAUGAGAAGGUCUUUGUUGCCUAUGUGAAGCCAGUGACUGAGCCUACGGAAGAAAAACCGAUGGACCCUGCGAUUGCCAAGCUGCUGGAAGAGUUCAAGGACCUAACCGAGCCGCCGAUAGGAGUGGUACCGCGGCCCAUCCAGCACCGUAUUGAGAUAGAGCCUGACAGUAGGACUCCUAAGGGCGCUGUAUAUAGGAUGUCCCCACGGGAGUUAGAGGAGCUUCGCAAGCAGUUAGACGAGCUCCUCGAGAAGGGUUGGAUUAGGCCCAGUUCGUCCUCUUUCGGAGCACCUGUCCUCUUUGUUCCUAAGAAAGAGGGAGAGCUGAGAAUGUGCAUAGACUAUAGGGGUCUGAAUGCUAUUACAGUGAAAAAUGUUGAGCCACUGCCGAGGAUAGACGAUCUCUUAGACCGAGUGCACGGGGCCAAGUAUUUUUCUAAGAUAGAUUUAAAGUCCGGAUAGCAUCAGAUAGAGGUACACCCUGAUGAUCAUUAUAAGACAGCCUUCCGGACUAGGUACGGGCAUUACGAG